AUGGGUACAUUAAUGGGCCAUAUUCUACCUGGUACAUUCUUUGCUAUAUUUGCUAUAUGGUGGGGAUUUUGUGUCGCCGUAAAACAUUUCCAUUCACGCCAUUCAAGAAAUAAAACUCGAAAGCCAAAUUCAUAUCGUUCAUCAACAACAUUUUCCUGUUUAUGUUGUCCAUCAUCAUCAUUACGAGAAAUUCCUCUUGAAUCUUAUAUAAAAUUAAUUUGUAUCAUUAUUGGUAUAUUAGGUGAAUCUGUUACUGGCUUAAAACAUCCAUAUGAUGAUACAUUGAAACGAAAGAUUUGGACAUUCGAGCAAGUCAAUGCUCAACAUAUAGCAAUGUUUUUUUCGUUUGGUUUAGCUUCAUUUAUUGAAAUUCUUGUUAAUGCAAAAUACAAUUUACCCAAAGGAAUCGAAUUUUUAGCUAAUAUUUUCGCAUUUGGUGUUGAAGGAUUUUUAUUUCAUUUUCAUCUUCAUGGUAGAAAUGAAAUUGAUAUUCAUGUUCAUACAUUACUCGUGUAUAAUAUUGGCUUUUGUAUUUUGGCUGGUAUUUGGGAAUUUAAUCGACCCAAUCAAAUUUUAGCUACCUAUUGUAGAAUUAUUGCAACCCUCUUACAAGGAGCUUGGUUUUAUGCAGCUGGUUUUAUUCUUUAUUUUCCAUCGGAUGAUCCCUAUUGGAUAUGGUCAGCAAGUCAUGGAAAUAUAUUAAUCAUAACGGUUAUGUUUAUCUGGCUUGGUAUAUUGUCAAUCGUAUUUCUUCUAUUGCAAUCGUUGUUCGUAUGGAAGUUGUUAAAACGACGCUAUGGAAGCCUUUCAGAGUAUAGUAUGAUUAACAAUAAUGAUGAUGAUGAUGAAAUAGUUCAUGAAGAAGGACGUGAAAAUUCAAAUAAUCAUCAAUUAAAACCAUACAAAACAAAUAACGGAAAUACGAGUAUUCAUGUGAAUAAUGAUGAUGAUGGUGGUGGUGAUAGUGAUAGUCAAAUUGAAUUUGAGCAGCAAAAAUUUACAUCAAAAAUAUAA